AUGAAACUGAUUGCAGAGCUCAAACGUUUUUCACGUAGCACAUUGCCCAGUACUGUGCGUAUUAUAUUAAGAAAAAUUUUUACAGAUGCAUUGCUUGAAAAGUUUAGCUACAAGGGUUUGAAAAAAAAGAAAGUAUUCUAUACCUUGGCUACAUGUACAGUAAUUUUUGAUGCAAUAAAACAAAUGAAAAAAUUCAAAUUAAGCGAUGCUGUGGAUAUUGAGACACCCAUAAGAACAUUUAUUUCUGGAGCUAAAUUCCGGGAACCAAAGAAAAAUCUACCUAUUUCUAAUGAACUAUCAUCUUAA